AUGUUGGCACCUUUGUUAGUAAUUUGUCAAACAGCAAUAUGAUUGUUCGUAGAAAACCGUGAAUUUUUGUACCAAAUUAGAAAAUCAAACACAUUUCCUUAAUUUGUAACAGUUUCGGAAAACUUUAAACGCAUAAAUCAACAUUGAGGGUAAUUAGGGGGUUUCAGCGUCAUACUCUGUGGGUGAUUUUUAAUUUGUUAUCGGCAAGAAUUUAAUUUUUAAUGAAAAUUAAGCCGAGCCACUGCACCUAGUUCAAGUAACCAUAAUGUAUCUACCCCUUUUGUGCUUGUUAUUUCUGUGGCAUGAGACAAGAGUUGAGGCGUUUUAUUUACCUGGUUUGGCGCCGGUAAAUUAUUGCCGGAAAGGCGAAUCAGACACGUGUAAAUCCGAAGUAUUAUUGUAUGUAAAUCGUCUAAAUACUGAAGAAUCAGUAAUUCCCUACGAGUACAAUCACUUUGAUUUCUGCCAACCUGAUGAAAACCAGCCGUCUCCCGUGGAAAACCUGGGCCAGGUUGUCUUCGGCGAACGCAUCCGCCCAUCUCCUUAUAUCCUUGAAUUUAUGAAAAACAUAACAUGCAAGGAAGUUUGCACGCGGAAGUACUCGGGUUCAGAUCCGAGUGCAAACAGACGGUUGAGCAUUCUGCGGAAGGGGAUUAGUCUCAAUUAUCAGCACCACUGGAUUGUUGAUAAUAUGCCAGUGACGAGCUGUUAUGAGACUGAGGAUCAGAAGCAGUUUUGCACCACUGGGUUUCAGAUGGGUUGUUUUGCCAAAGAUGGGCGCGAUACUUGUCUUAGGACUCCUGAUAAACAGGACGCUUACUACAUUUACAAUCAUGUUGAUUUGACGAUCACAUAUCACUCGGGAGAACAGGAAGAAUGGGGAAAUAAAUUCAAGAGCAACGGGGGCAGGAUUAUCUCCGUUAAAGUUGUCCCAAGGAGCAUAGACCAUAGAGACAAAAUCGACUGUUCGAAGCAAAACACAAAACUCCUAGAACUGAAAACCUCCCUCAAACCCAAGGAGGAAUACCAAAUAACGUACACCUACUCGGUCACAUUUAUCCAAAACAACGCCGUAAAAUGGUCAUCCCGAUGGGACUACAUUUUGGAAUCAAUGCCCCACACAAACAUCCAAUGGUUCAGUAUUUUAAACUCGCUCGUGAUCGUACUGUUCCUCUCGGGGAUGGUCGCCAUGAUCAUGCUGCGAACCCUCCACAAAGACAUCGCAAGAUACAACCAAAUCGACAGCGGCGAAGACGCCCAGGAAGAGUUCGGCUGGAAGCUGGUCCACGGCGACGUCUUCCGCCCCCCGCGCAAGGGAAUGUUCCUUUCGGUGCUCCUGGGCUCCGGCGUUCAAGUUUUCUUCAUGACUUUGGUGACUUUAGCUUUCGCCUGUCUCGGGUUUUUGAGCCCGGCAAAUCGGGGGGCUUUGAUGACUUGCGCUAUGGUGUUGUAUGUCCUGUUGGGGUCGCCAGCUGGGUACGUUUCCGCGAGGAUUUACAAGAGUUUCGGCGGCGAGAAAUGGAAGUCUAACGUUUUGUUGACCUCGAUGCUGGCACCUGGGAUUGUCUUCGGGCUGUUUUUCGUAAUGAAUCUGGUGUUGUGGAGCAAAGGGAGCUCCGCAGCUGUGCCUUUCAGCACUUUGGUGGGGCUGCUGGCGCUGUGGCUGCUGGUGUCGGUGCCUCUGACGUUCGUGGGGGCGUUUUUCGGGUUCAGGAAAAGGGCACUCGAGCAUCCGGUUCGGACGAAUCAAAUCCCGAGGUUGAUCCCCGAACAGUCGAUCUACACGCAGCCGAUUCCCGGAAUUGUCAUGGGGGGUGUGCUGCCCUUCGGUUGCAUUUUCAUCCAACUUUUCUUUAUUCUGAAUUCGAUCUGGUCGUCUCAGAUGUACUACAUGUUCGGUUUUCUGUUUCUAGUAUUUAUAAUUUUAGUAAUAACGUGUGCAGAGACAACGAUUCUUCUGUGUUACUUCCACUUGUGUGCGGAGGAUUACCAUUGGUGGUGGCGGUCGUAUUUGACGUCCGGGUUUACAGCAGUUUAUUUGUUUCUGUAUUGCUGUCAUUACUUCUUUACGAAAUUGCAGAUCGAGGAUACGGCGUCUGCGUUCCUGUAUUUUGGCUAUACUCUAAUUAUGGUGUUUUUGUUCAAUUUGUUAACUGGGUCGAUUGGAUUUUUCGCCUGUUUCUGGUUUAUUAGGAAAAUUUAUAGUGUGGUUAAAGUUGACUGAAAUGUACUUUAAUUAUUGUGAUUUUUACCAACAGAAUAUUUUUAAUAACGUAUUUAUUUUCGUUUCAAUUUCAAAAUUAUUGAAGCGCACGAGUGGGCGAACAUAUUUUUAAUAAACAUGGAUAACUCGCAUCUAAAACUUGUGAUGUAUUAAUUUUGUGUACGCAACUGUAAAAUAUUGUAAUAGAAAUAAAUUGUAUAAUUUAGUAUUUUAUGGAAAAAGUCCUUUGACAAUAAAGGAUUGCACAAUU